ACCUUUUUUGAUGAUAAAGUUACCGAACACUUGUUUCCUUGUUAGUGCGUAGGCUGGGCAUCUGGUUAAGAAGUGUUCUGUAGUGUCUAUUUCCUCUUCACAUUUGUUGCAGAUGUUGGAGUCAGCAUCACUCUAUGGUACUGGUUGCUAAGCACCGUGCUGGCGUCCAGCAGAGAAAAGGGAGGGGCGCCAAAAGGGGAGAGGUGCCAACAGGGGGCGCCAACAGGCAACGUUACGCCACUGGUCAGCACGCAGCAAAAAUAUAUAAAGCUGUUCAAGUGUAAGAGUUUUUCACUUAUCGGCACAGCAAGGCUCUCCUACAAGGGAUGGAAAUCUACUGGAUUCUACAGAGAUAUUGAAUUGAUUUAAUGAUAAUUUGUUAAGAAAUCACGCGAUUAUAUUCACCAGCAACAUUCUAUCGUUUCCCCUGUAAGCUGUAUACUAAAACCAUCACUCUGAAUACCUAGUAGAUUGAAUGGUAAAUAUGAGCUCAACUGUAUUAAAACACAAACGUGCAACAUUGGAACGAUUAGAAAAAUACAUUUCUGAGAUCUACUUUACAGAUGUCAAUUUAUUUGGAAGAGUGGAUUCCAAAAUCCCACAUUGUAAGCUGUAUCGUUCCCUAGCAAGAAAACAAACUUACCAGGCUUUUGAAAGUGUGAAAAAUGGAGUAUUCCAACUUAUAACUGAAGGGGAAGAGUUUAAACCAUUAUGGUCUCAACACUGGGUAAAAGUGAUCAUUCCUGCCAAUGUGUGUAACAUGGAAAAUCUCUACCUCCAUUGGGACGUUAGUGGAGCUGAGUCACUUGUAUGUGAUAAAGAUGGCAACCUAAUUCAGGGAAUGUCCCACAAGAGGAAAGAAAUGAAAAUAGUUGUCAAAUCACAUGAUGAAGAUGCUGUUUUCUUUAUUCAAAUCUCCUGUACAGGUCUAUUUGGAGCUGGUCUCAACGGAAUGAUCAACGCUCCAGAUCCUAAUAAAACAUACAACCUUACAAAGGCUCACAUAUUUGUACGAGAUCAAGCAAAGUAUGCAGUGUUCAUGGAUCUGUCUGUGUUGUAUGAUAUUGCUAAAGAAUCAGAUGACAACACUUCAUUAUGUUAUGAUGCUUUAUACACUGGCAAUGAAAUCAUCAAUGUCAUAACUUUGAAUGAUCACUCACCCGAAUCAUACCAACAAGCUAUACAAAUUGGAAAGAAACUUUUUAAUAGUGGAAUAGUCAAUGGUACAAGUAGUAGGGACACCAUUCAUGCCAUUGGAAAUUGUCAUAUUGACACUGCUUGGUUAUGGCCCUACAGGGAGACGAUAAGAAAAGUGGCCCGAAGUUGGUCUACAACAAUAUCUAUGUUUGAAGCUGGAAUGGAAUUUAAUUUUGCGGGAUCACAGGUUGUUCAGUUCAGUUGGCUUAAGAAGUUCUACCCAAAGCUUUUUUCAGCUUUAAAGGCACAAGUUGUGAAAGGACAUUUUUCACCAGUUGGUGGUUCGUGGGUUGAAAUGGACACAAAUAUACCAAACGCUGAAUCUAUGGUCAGACAGUUUCUCUAUGGUCAAAAGUUUUAUAGAGAAGAAUUUGGCACCCAUAGUGACAUUCUUUGGUUGCCUGAUACAUUUGGGUACAGCGGACAACUUCCACAAAUAAUGCAGCUCUGUGAUAUAAAAUACUUUUUGAGUCAAAAAUUGAGCUGGAAUUUAACUAACACUUUUCCUCACCACACUUUCAUUUGGAAAGGAAUUGAUCAAAGCAAGGUCUUGGCUCAUUUUCCUCCUGGAGACACAUAUGAAUCAGAUUUAAAGAUCAAAGAUGUACUCAAAACAGUUUCAAACAACAAAGAUAAAGGCAGAACUCAUGACCAGAUGUUGCUGUUUGGUCACGGAGAUGGAGGUGGUGGGCCUACUCCUGAAAUGAUUGAUAGGCUUGAGAGAAUCUCUUCAAUAACUGGAAUGCCUCAAAUUGUUCGGUCAACUCCUCAAAAGUUCUUUACAGCAGUUGAGAAGUCCUCAAACAUGCUGUGUGAAUGGUGGGGAGAGUUGUAUUUCGAACUGCACCGUGGAACCUACACUACACAUGCUAAGUUGAAGGAAUCAAAUAGAGUAGCUGAAUUUUGGAUGACUGAUAUUGAGUUUUUAUCUUCGUUGGAUGUCAAAGGUUUGGUCUCUUGUUCAAAAAUUGAAGAAAUGUGGAAAACCGUCCUUUUCAACCAAUUUCACGAUAUCUUGCCUGGCAGUGCAAUUGAGCAAGUGUUCAUCGAUGCCAUGGAGGACUACACAAAUUUACUGAUACUGUACAACGAAGAGUGGGAAACAAUCAGAGAUGUUGUCAUGCCAGAUUCCAAGAGUUUUGUUGUUAAUCCGUACAACUGGGCCAGAAGACAAGUUCUCACAAUAAACGAGGUCGAAGAAGCUUUGGUUGAGGUUCCUAGCACUUACAUAGGCUCUAUAUCCCUCGUUACACCAACAGACAAAGCUGGGGCAUUUGUUCUGGAGGAUGGAAUUUGUCUGUGUAACAGUUUGAUAAAAGUGGUAUUUUCACUGGAAGGACUACUAAAGUCUUUGGUACACAAACCAACACAGCGGGAGUGUUUGGAGGCUGGAGGUAUGGGUAACCGAUAUGUGAUAUUUGAUGACGUGCCUCUGUUCUGGGAUGCUUGGGAUGUUAUGGAGUACCAUGUUGAGACCAGACAGGAGUUUCAUCCUACAUCAAUUCAGGUGGUAGAAUCAGGUCCACUUCGAGCCAGUGUUAAGAUAACAGUUCCCCUUGGUGCACACGGUGACUUGACCUUCAUAGCAACUGUUCUUGCGGAGACACCAUAUCUCUCAUUCAAGGCAGAUGUGUCAUGGCGGGCAGCUCACAAGUUUUUAAAAGUAGAGUUUCCUUUAUCAGUGAGCUCUACUGAAGCUCAGUACGAGAUACAGAGUGGGUUUGUCAGCCGGCCUACUCACGCCAACACUUCCUGGGACUCUGCUAAGUUCGAGGUAUCGGGGCACAAAUGGGCCCACCUAGGAGAGCCCAACUUUGGGGUCGGAUUGUUAAGCAAAUCAAAGUACGGUUACAGUGCCAACCACAACUGUUUGACCCUCUCACUGCUCAGAAGUACCAAAGCACCUGAUGCAAAUGCCGACAUGGAUGACCAUGUUAUUGAAUAUGCCAUCUACCCACACGCUGGACCUCUCUACACCUCCAGAAUUGUACAGCAUGCUAUAAAUUUUAACCACCCCCUCCUCCUGCACUCAACACUGCACGACAAUACCAUACCUCGCUACAAACCAACCCUGAACCCGGCCCGUCUUGUUAAUAAAACAAGCUUGAGAGUGUCUAGUGAGGAGGUCAUUGUACAGGCUAUCAAGAAGGGGGAACAUGGCAGUGGCCUGGUAGUUCGGCUGUACGAGCCCUAUGCGAAUACUGUCUCCAACGUCUUUAUUUCUCAUGAUCUACUCAGUCAAGCUUUCAGCAUAAAUGCUGUUGAAAGGGAGUCAUCUAAAGCUCCUUUGUCUACAAGCGAAAAUAAAGUCGGACCGCUUAUAUUCAGACCAUUUGAAAUAAAGACGAUUUAUUUAGAGCUGGAUGCGACUGUAGAUUUUACAAAUGGUUCUUCUUCUAAGAGAGCUAAACUUGAUGAGUGAGUCAAUUUUUCCUAAUCUAUAGGUUUGCCACUUUUUUCCUAUAUAAUAUUCAGAUAUUCCAAUAAAUUAUCUCAGAUUUACAUUAUUAUGUAUUUAAAUGUGGUGAACCAUAUUAUUUUAUCGAUAAGCUUUAUUCAGACAAAAGACGUUGAAAAGGCUUUUAGUUUUAAACUUACUAUCAAUAUUUAUUUCUAGAUACUUGACCUUUUUAGUGUAGCUAAAAAUUCAGACCAUCAGUAUUUAGAUUACCGUUCUUUAUAUUUAUUCGUAGAUAACAAAAAUACAAUUGUAUUUUGCAUGUUAUAUUCUUUUUGGGAUGAAAUUUCAGAAUAAUGUGUAUUGUUUUCCCAUUGUUUUAUAUUGAUAUUGUGUGACCUUCAUACUGUUAUCGUUACAAAUAUUUAUACUUUUAUUUCAAA